AUGCCAUCCCCCGGGGGAACGAAUAGUCACGACGGGGUUUUCUAUCGGCAGUCCCAUGCUCCAGAGACAGACGAAUAUCAUAGGCUCGAUGAUGUUCUCUCGCGGUUAUUUCCUUCGACGGUCAAUGUACAGCACAUAUAUCCAAUCCACGGUCACAUUCAUUCACUACGGUUCCUUACUUUGUCGAAUGGAGCACAUCUGUUGCUCAAAGGCUCCCCGUCCUCAAGGACCGCUCUACUUCGACGUGAGCGGUCGUUCCUCGAAACCGAAGCCCAAUUUCUGUUUCUUCUAGGCCAGAGUGCAAAUCCUUGUAUUCCCCAGCUGUAUCAUUACGAUCCUCAUGGAAGACUCUGGGGAUCUGCCUAUUUGAUUCGGCAGUAUAUGAAAGGGAAGAGUCUGUCGGAAAUGGAGGGCGAACUCACCACCCACCAAAGGGACGGGAUUGAUCGUCACUUGGGCUUCUUGGUGAGCACCAUCGGUCAAAAUGCAGCCCCUGGAUUUGGCUCUUUGCAGCAAGUGGCGUAUGGCGCUGGAAGACCCUCCUGGAGAGAGGCCUUCUGUGCCUUAUGCGAAGGCAUUCUACGCGACGCCGAGGACAUGUUCAUCCAUCUUCCUUACUCGGAGAUCCGGCACGAGGUAACUCGUUUGGCACCUGUUCUCGAGGAUGUAUCGCUACCGCGUCUUGUAGUUGUGGAUUUUGGACGACCAUCCCAUGUCCUAUUGAACGAAGAAUCCAAACAACUGUCGGGCAUUGUGGACUUCAGCAGCGCCCUAUGGGGUGAUGUAUUGAUGGCAGAGAUUUUCGCCAAUCCUUCCCCAGCAGUCCUGCAGGGGGCAGGGAUGUCGUUGGCCAGAACAAAGUCGGAAAACAUACGGCUGGUCCUGUAUGCGUGCUACCGACUGGUAUCCCAGAUCACCGUGCAAUAUUAUCGAAGCCGAGAUGAGACGAUCGAAUUUGACGCACGGAGACGACUGACAAAGACUAUUGCGGAAAUGACAAGACUUGACUUGACAUAG